AUGUCGACCUACGAAAUCGAACACAAUACAACCGAUCCCUCAACGGCCCAACCCCCACGUCGCCGUCGCCCCGACCUCUCCACCUUCUUCUCUGCCCUUUCCGAGAUCACACCCGCCCCAGACCACAGACCCCAUGCCGUGCCCGUGCCAGGAGACAUCAGUGCAGCAUUCUACUCCCUUGCAGAGGCGCUGGAGAUGAUGCGCCGCGAUGCGGGCGCAGAGCCGCACACGCACGCGCAAGAAGACACCGACAACGGCAAUACGGAUCACAGCAACGAUUUGUUGACCACGAUGAUCCAGUCGCUUCUUUCGCAGGCGGAUACACCACCGCGUGAAGUGGAGGGUGUUAAUGAGGAAUUCUGCGAUAUGCUCGAACGCGUCCCCAAAGCCCAGCUUAAAGAAUCCGAUAUUUGCCCUAUCUGCAAUAACCCCUUCGUGGAAGAUCCUUACCCGCUCGUCGUGCAGCUGCCCUGUCACCCUACACACCGCUUCGAUAUGGAAUGUGUGCGGCCUUGGCUACGUCUGCGCGGAACGUGCCCGCUUGACCGGGUGGAUUUCGCGAAGCAGCAGAGGGAGAAGGCUGAGGCGCGGAAGAAGCUUGUUGAAGAGGAUGAGGAGGAGGAGUGGGAUGGCUCGAUCUGCAGUAUCAACAGUUAUAUUAUGGUUUAUGUUCAAAAGGCCAAUCUUACGUUCCAUAACAGCGACGAUGCUGUCAAGGAGUACCGCUUCGGAACCAUGACAUAUCCCCACGGAUUCUGUCCUAACUGCGGGACUAGUGUCUAUCUUCGAGCUCUUGAUGGUGAAUACAAAGACAUUGUGGCUGUGAAUGGACGAACCCUGAAGGAUGUCGAUAUCAGCACACUGAAGAUUGAAGAACUCAAUGGAAAAAGGAUAAAUGCCGGCUAG